CUUCCCAGGUAUUCCUCAGGCUUAUUCCACCUGGUUUCAUCAAGUUAUUGGGUGUUGAGCUACACGAACUGAGAGACGUUGCAUUAACGAAAACAGGAGACGUAAGAUGUAUACAAGCGUUGGCACAGUUGAUCGACUUUGCAAUGACACGGCCUUAUAUUUGGGCUGCAGAUGUGUUCGCUUUCCUAACACGGAAAACUAUUAUCUGUAACGGACGCACAGUCAAAGGCGCUUCUAUGAGGAAUGGAAUAUGUAGCAACCAGAGAGCAAUUAUUGUGUCCGAUAAUGGAAAGAAAUAUGAAAGUUACCCUACUUUGGCCCACGAAAUAGCCCACACGAUGGGUGUUCCUCAUGAUGGUGAAGGCAGCUCCCAGGGUUGUCCAGCGAGUCAACUAUUUCUAAUGUCACCAAAAGCGUCGCGGAAUAGAAAACUAACAUUCUCCUCAUGCUCCAAAGAGGCGAUCAACAAGUUCCUAAAGACUAAAAAUGCUAGCUGCCUGUUUGAUUAUCUAAUGCCACCAGAAGAUCCCAAAAUUCGAAAAAGAAGAGAAUCUAAUUGUGCCGAGUUGAAGGAAGAAUCGGAGUACUACUACGUAAGAGAGGGGCUUAACAACUGCAAGUAUAGCUGCUUAUUUGUAAACAAUGACACAAACUCUGCGACAAGAGAAAUUUCGAAAGUUGAAGAAAAUGGGACACUCUGCAAUGUUUCAAAUCCAGCCCAGAAAUGCAAAGACGGGCAAUGCGUACAAGAGAAAAUUGUGGUCUCCGAAAAUACAGUACAAAAUGAAUUGUUAUGAAAAACAUGCGAAAAUUUAUGUUGAUCAUCUACUUAUAUAUAUUUAGUGCUCCGGUUCUAAUUGACGAAUUACCAGAAUGUGGCCUCUGGGCUAAUUUUAGCCACAUUUCUUCUCGUAAUAAUUUUGGUUGCACACUUAAGAAUGCCAUAGAAAUGAUCAAAAUC